AUGGCUUUAAGCAUUAUGACAUUGGCCUAUUGCAUGUUGUUGUUUUCAGACAACGUUGUAGAGGGGGGUUCUAUAGGCCUAAAUUGGGGUAGGAUGGCAAAUCAAAGACUAAUUCCAUCCAUGGUGGUAGAUUUGUUUUUACAGAAUGGAAUUCGUGAAGUUAAAGUUUUCAGCGCCAGCGAAAAUGUCAUGAAAGCCUUUUCUGGGAGCGGAAUUGGCCUAACAAUUGCGAUCCCUAACGAGUCUCUCCACGACAUUAACUCGACGGAUUUAGCCAGAUAUUGGAUUCGAACAAAGGUUACUAAGUUUGUAAACAUGAAUGUCGAUGUAAAGUAUGUGAAUGUCGGGGCAGAUCCAUUUUCAUCAUCCUCUUGGAAUCAAACCUAUUUCGAUGCUGUUGAUGUGUUGAGAUUUAUCCAAGACGCUCUGAAUGAGAUUGGCUACGGAGAGAAAACUAAAGCAACCAUUCCACAUCAUACCGAUGUCUUGAAGCCGAACCAUACUAAACCUUCAGAGGCUGAAUUUCGCGAUGACAUAAAGGAAAAAAUGAUCGAAUCCCUACAAAUUCUCCAAGAAAACCAUUCUCCCUUCGUGGUUGACAUGUUCCCCAUUCAAUUUGUUAAGCAGAAUAAUGUGGACAUAGAAUUCGCAUUCGUUGAUGGACAUUCGACAUUUUUUUUUGAGGAUGACAAUGGGUUAAUUUACACGAAUGCAUUCGAUUUCAUGUAUGAUUCUUUCCUGUGGGCAAUGAAGAAAGCUGGCGCCCCUGAUCUGAAACUGGUGGUCGGACAAAUCGGUUGGCCAACAGAUGGAUAUCCUGAUGCUAAUGUUACCAAUGCCGAGCGGUUUUUCAAAAGCCUCCUGCCUAGAGUCACAAGCAACAAAGGGACUCCACUGCGCCCGGGGAUGCCUAUCGACAUUUAUAUCCACAGUUUGAGCGACGAGAACAAGAUGAAAAUUAAAUUCGGAGCUUUCCAGCGUCAUUGGGGCAUAUACAGAAACGACGGGGAGCCUAAAUUCAAGAUUGAUCUGUCAGGACAGGGCCGUGAUAUUUAUCCGACCGCUGCCAAAGGCGUUACGUACAUGCCUAAGCGAUGGUGCAUUUUCAAUGGUGAUACUAGUAAUUUAACCAAAGUGAAAUACGCAUUUGAACAAGCCUGUAUGGUAGGAGAUUGCACUAGCCUGUCACCUGGGGGGUCCUGCAGCCACCUGGAUUUCAAUCAAAAUGUUUCCUAUGCAUUCAAUAGGUUUUUCCAAACUAAAUCCCAGAAGGAGAAGGACGAUCCGUGCGAAUUCGACGGGUUGGGGAAGGUGGUGCCGGAUAAUCCAUCAACUGGUUCAUGUAUAUUUCCUGUGGAGGUAUUGGCAGCUGAAAGCAUCGAUACGGGAUCCUCAAUGGGGGAGAGAGUGGCCACAAUAUCUAAAUUAGUCAUGCUUUUACCUUUUCUUUUAAUCUUCUUAGCUUUUAUUCAGGAUCGAGUUAAUUUUUGA